GUGGUUUUAACACCGCCAGCAUAAAUAGAAAAUGAAAAAGGAGUCACUGUGGUUUUGGUGCUUGAACAAACCCCAUCAGACCCUUUUACUGGACUUAUGGUGUUUAAACAUAAAGCUUUUCUUAAUCUUACUCUCUCUGUAACACUGGACAUGAGUACUAACUAACGAGUACAGUCUCAUAUCUGCAGAUAUAAACUUCUGAUUUAUUUAUUGGACUAAAUGAGUGAUGAAAUUCUGCCUGAAUGCAGCAGAGAUGUGUGUGUUGUUUACACUGUAAUGUGCUGAAUCUGUCCAUCAUUUACUGAUCAUAAGCAUCGUAACUUACCAUGAAGCUGAAAUGCUCCUAAACACCAGACUUUAUUCAUUACUGCUGUUUAAACUAAUAUGUUAGUGUGCAGGUGUCUUAGUUCAUGAAAACAGGAAGUCUGAGAAUUGUAUAAAAUAGAUUACUUUCUUUUGCAGUUACACAACACUGAAUUUAGAUAUUCAGAUGUUUUAUAUUAAGAGCACUGAGCUGAACAUUAUUACAAGUUUACACUCUUUUACACACUUUAACAUGUGUUCAGUUGUGUUUUGUUAAUGCUGGUCACUUGUGUGUUGCAUGUUCUUUCUCAGAGAGAUCUGUUUGUUUGAUUUAAGUAAUUUUUGUAAUUGCUGUUGUUCUGUUGGUUUUAUUAAAUUGGUUUGUACUUCACAGCUUCCAUAUCUUACAGACAAAUGAUUAAAUCCAGAUCUGGUGACUCGAACAGGAAGAUGCAGUUAUGAUGGAAUACUGAAAUAAUGUCCUUCAUCAUCACAAGAACUUUAUCCGGACCAUCAUUCUGCUGGAUGAGGAGUCUUUUAUCUUAGGAACACUGAGGGACACAAUGCGCGUGCACACACACACACACACACACACACACACACACACACACACACACACACACACACACACACACACACACACACACACACACACACACACACACACACACACACACACACACACAAUGCUGCACCAAUACAGGCUAUAAUUACACAUAUAAUAACACAAGAAUCUCCUGACAGCCGAGAAAACAGAUCCACAAUGAUGGAUUUCCUCGUUUUAACUCUGUUCUGACUGGUAACUUCUCUAUAUUCAUCCUUUAUCUAUUCAUUUCAGCUCUAACAGUCAGGACAGUAGAUUAAAGUAACUAAUAAACUAAUGAGUUAUAAGAAUAAAUGUGAGAAUUUAAAAUGAGAUUUCAGAAGCUUAUUGGACACCAGAACAGAACAGGAGACAGGAUGUAGAGUCUCGUGGCUGAAGAAGUUAAACCGGAACACAGCAGAAACACAAGACUUUUUAUUCCACUAAGUGUCUGUUCACAUGUUCAGUGGAGGAUGUGUGUUAGACAUGGCAGAGUUCCUGAGUGGGUUUAAUCUACAGCUGAUGAUUGGUUUACAGAGUGCUGAUGAAUCUUCUCUCUUCAUGUGGUGUUGAUCUUUCAGGUGUCAUCAGUCUGAGUCUCCUUCAGAACAUUUCAGCUGAUCUGUUAUCUGUUGAUCCUGGAGAAAACGUCACUCUGUUCUGUAACAUCACUGAUUAUUCAGAGAUAUCGUGGUAUCACAUAAACUCAGCAGGCGUGAGGCAGAUUAUAUCGACCUCAAAAGGGAAUCUGGACAAUCUAUUUCAAAUUGUUCAUAAUGAUGAUAAGAGUCACUUUGCUAUAACAGAAAUCAGCAGUUCAGUCAGUUUAGUGAUUAUUGGAGUUAGAGACACAGAUCUGGGAUUUUAUUACUGUGGAGGUCGAAAAAAGGAACACAAUCAGUUUGGGAAAGUCAUCAGUCUGAACUUUACAGGUGGCAGCAAUAAGAUUGCUCCUUCACCAGAUUCACAGCAGGUUGGGGGAAAUGGGAACUGCUGGAUUAUCGUGUUAUGUACUAUGAUUGUAAUUCUUGUAAUGACCAUCUGCAUGUGUGUGUUUUGCUGCAGGAUACAAGGAAAAUUAAAUUUAUCAUGCUGCAGUCACUCUACUGACUCCACUGAAAAGGAAGAAAACAUUCAUUAUGCCAGUGUUCAGUACAAAAGAAAAUUCAGAUCUGCAAACAACAACUCAAGACCUGAUCUGGACAGUGUGACCUACGCAACAGUCGCCUCACAGCCACAGAGACACUGAACAACACAAUGUGUUUUUAUUUGUUUAUUUUCUUAUAUGUACAAUUAUUUAACAUAACUUUAUGUAAACAUAAUUUUACAUUACCAAUAAAGAUAAAUGCUUAUUAAUAACUUUA